AUGUCCAGCAACAACUACCCCGCAGCGCCGCCCUCUUACACGGCGCCUGCCGCGCCCAAGGACUACCAAGCUGUACCUCAGCACGACACGCCUGCGCCAUCGUACGGUGCGGCCGAAACCAGCUCCACCCCGCGCAAUGUCGACGAAGAAGGCGAUCCCGACGACUUCAAGUUCGGCGUCACCGUCGAGCAGUCUUCGCCAGAGAUCCGAGCCAUGUUCCUUCGCAAGGUCUACACCGUGCUCUUCUUCCAGAUCCUCGGAUCCACCGUCAUCGCUGCCAUUAUGACCACCCAGAACAUCGCAAGCUGGGUGCAGCAGAACCAGUGGGCUUUCAUCGUACCCAUGAUCGGCAGCCUCGUCACCAUGGGCUUCCUCUACUUCAAGCGUCACUCUCACCCAACCAACAUCAUCCUUCUCAGUCUCUUCACCGUGCUCGAAUCUAUCUCGCUCGGAACCGUCAUCACCUACGUAGACCAAAAGAUCGUCCUGCAAGCCAUGAUCAUCACCGCCUUCACCUUCUUCGGUCUCACGCUGUUCACGCUCCAGUCCAAGUGGGACUUUGGCAGCAUGGGUGGAUGGCUGUUCGGCGCGCUCAUGGUCAUGGUCGGAGUCGGAUUCGUCGGCGUGUUCCUGCCGUACAACCAGACUUUUGAUCUGAUCAUGGCGAUCGCAGGAUGCGUCGUGUUCAGCUUGUACAUCGUGUACGACACGUGGCUGAUUCAGAGGAGGUUGAGCGCAGAGGAGUGGGUGCUGGCAAACAUCAGUUUGUACCUGGACAUCGUCAACCUGUUUAUCAGUAUUCUGCGCAUUCUCAACAACCAGUCCAGGGAUUGA